AUGGAUGCUGUUGAUAAGCUAGGAGAAGCAUUCAGAAAUUCACAACAAGACCGUAAGGAGUUAGGCACAGGUUGCAGACCAGAUCAUUCUUGCAAUACAUGUUUGAAAAGAUGGGAAGAGAUUGGUGGAUCAUCGGACUAUAAACUGGAAUCUGCUGAUGUAUGUAGAUUUGCAGUAAUGGUGCCCAUGAUAAGCAAUAGGAUUGAUGACGAGAACUGGUCUAUGCGGUUUGUGGAUUCUACUUGGUGUUGGUGGGUUAGUGGGAGCUAUGAUAAUAGCAGCCAUUGCUGCAUGGAUCUUCUUCAUAAAAAGGAAGAAGAAAGCCUCCCUGCUGGGAAAGAUGAAUCGGAUGAUUCAGUCUCUAAGCAUUCUGGCUCUCUGAAGAUUUCUAUGAAAGAAAUUUAUUCAGCAACAAACUAUUUCAAUACAUCGAACUUCAUUGGCCAAGGCAUAGCUGGAAAAGUGUACGAGGGUACUCUCUCAAAUGGUCUACGUGUUGCGGUUAAGCACAUAGUCAAUGAUGGACAGAUAGAAACUUUUGUCAGGGAAGUAAGAAGCCUAUCUCAUAUCACGCAUCCAAACCUUGUAGCUUUGCUUGGCUAUUGUGAGAAUGAAGAUGAAUGCUUCCUAGUCUAUGAACAGUGCCACCAUGGGAACCUCUCUGAGUGGCUUUAUGGAAAGGAUAAAGUUCUUUCAUGGAUCCAAAGACUCAAGAUUGCAAUUGACAGAGCAAGGGGCCUCUGGUUUCUCCACACUUAUCAAGAAGCUGCAUUGUUCAUCGCGAUAUCAAGGUACGUUCAAGACCAAGGAAUCCACUAUUUCCUUACUGCUUUCAAUCAUUUGUCUUCUCUGAUUUUGCAUAUGAUGGUGUUUUGGCAGCCAACAAAUAUCCUUAUUAAUGACAAGUUUCAAGCAAAACUCGCAGAUUUCGGAUUGUCUAAAGUUACGGACAUAGGUCAAUCCCAUGUGAACUCAGAAUUCAGAGGAACAUUUGGUUAUGUUGACCCUGAGUACCGUAGAAACCACCGAGUGAAUGACUCUGGUCAUGUUUACAGUUUUGGUAUGGUACUUCUACAACUUUUGUCAGGGGAGAGGGUGCUUAAUCUGAAUCUGCACAGACCAUUGCCUCCAAGCAAAAAAUCUACUAGAGGGGGUGACACAGCCAAAUUUGCAGACCCGAAACUUAAUGGGGAAUACUCGUUAGAAGCUUUUGACCUUGUACUCAAGCUAGCUUUGUCAUGCACAGGGCUAAAGCAGGAAAGGCCAUCUAUGGAGCAAGUGGCGUUGAGACUGCAAAAAGCACUUAAUUUCUCAACACAAGCAAAGCCAGUUGCAUCCCGUGGAUCAAUCAUGUACUAA